AUGUCUGCCUACUACAGGAAUAAUGGGUAUGAGGGAGAUCCAGAUUACCCUGACUAUUCAGGGUCUUGGAACAAUAUGCAGGGGUAUUCAAAAACUCAGAAUUAUCCAGAUUUUCCAGGUCCUCUGAACAAGCCAGACUACCCCCACACCAGGAACAAUCCAUACUCUGCAGGAUCCAGAACAAGUUCAGACUAUUCCAGUUCUCUAGCAGAACCAGACUAUCCUGGAUCUCCAAGUAAUCCAGACUAUCCUAGCACCAGGAGCUAUCCAUAUUCCGCAGCCUCCAGAACAAGUCCAGACUACAGCAGAUCUCUGCCAGAGCCAGAUUAUAUUGAAUUUCAGAGCAAUCCACACCACUCAGGAUCAUCCAGAGAGCCAGGAUACCAUGGAUUUCCAGAAAAUCCUGAUUUUACAAGUUCCAGAAGAAAUAGAAACUUUGCAGUAUUCAGAAAAAAUUCAGAUUAUUUUGGCUCCUUGGGAGAACCAGACUACACUGGAGCUCAGAGCAACCCUAACCAUCUCGUCCCCAGAGCCAGUUCUAACCAUCCAGGCUCCAGAAAGGAUCUAGAGUAUGCUGGUUCCAGAAUCAAUUUAUACACAGACUCUUGGGGAAAGCCUGAUUAUCCAGGUGCUGAGAAUCAACCUAACUCUUCAUAUUUUGAGGGGGAACCAGACUAUCCUAAUGCUGAGAACUAUCAGAACCCUCCGAAGUUUUGGGGGAAACCUGCUUACAGAGAUGCUGAAGAUCGUCAUGAUUAUGGCUCAUCUGAGACCCUGGAAAUGACCAGGGGGGUGCUUGGCAGAAAAUCUUCAAUCCAGCCCUCAUUUCAUCUCAGGGGCGAUGGCCCCUUGGGCAUCCUUGGGAGACAGAAUGAAGAUUACCCCGAAAGCAUUGAAAUGACAUCCACGAAGAUGGUAAACCCAUACAGCUGGUCUCUACCAGGAAUACCUUGUGCGGAGGGAUUAAUUUACAAUGUCCCUCCCCUCUUCAUUCCAGUGAACCCUGCUUAUGUUGGUGAAAGUAGCCCUGUCUCUGCUUGUGGAAACACCUCUUUGUCUGAAUGUGAUUGGCACAAGUCACCCCAAGCACAAAAGUUAAUUGCAUCUCUGAUACCCAUGACAUCUAGAGACAGAAUUAAAGCCAUCAGGAACCAGCCAAGGACGAUGGAAGAGAAGAGGACCCUUAGGAAAAUAGUUGACAAAGAGAAAAGUAAACAGUCCCAUCGUAUCCUUGAGCUCGACUGCUGUGCUCAGUGUCUGAACUCUGUUUUACGGGCUUACCGGAGAUCCAAGAACAGCCUGUCGGAAUUCCUCAGUUACAUCAGCCCAUGGCAGAAGACGCUGAAGGUCAUCGGAGGCAAGUUCGGAACCAGCGUCCUCUCCUAUUUCAACUUUCUCAGGUGGCUUUUGAAGUUCAACAUUUUCUCAUUCAUCGUGAACUUCAGCUUCAUUGUAAUCCCUCAGCUUACCGUGGCUGAAAGGAACACCCUCCAGUUCACUGGAUGGGAGAUUUUAACUGGGACG